CACCGCCACCACCACCUCCACAAAACUCAACACAAAAACCCCAAAUUCCAAUCAAACCCUAACCCUAAAAUUCCAAAUCCCUAACCCUAGACAUCAGAACAAUGUCCACACCACCCCCGCCCUCGCCCACGGCCUCAGCCUCGGCCUCGGUCCCUGCCUCGCCAGUCUCCACCAAGAAGGCCCAGCCUCUGCCAUGGACGCACGAAGAGACGGUGCAGAUGAUCCGGGCCUACCAGGAAAAGUGGUACAAGCUGAGAAGAGGUCCGCUCAAGUCGAGUCAAUGGGAGGAGGUGGCGGUGACGGUGGCAGCUCGAUGCGGCUACGAGCACGCCGAGCAGUCCAAGACCGCCACUCAGUGCCGUCAUAAGAUGGAGAAGCUCCGGCAACGGCACCGUACACUGAAGAAGCGCCUCCGGCCCGGGUCGAGGUCGCGUUGGCCCUUCUUCGAGCUCAUGGAGAGCUUGGAGCGCGGUCCCAUGCCCAUCUCCUCCAGACCCAUGGCUGUGAUGCCAUGUCAGCCAGAAGAAGAAGAAGAAGAAGAAGAGCAGCGUCAUGAUCGUCAUGGCGUUGAUGUUGACGGUGAGGAUGAUGAUGAGGAGAAUUCCAGUAAGGUGCGGAGUAUUGAUUACAUACUACGGAGGCCCACGAUUGUGAAUAGGUUUUCUGGAGGACAAGCCUCGUUUUGGCAGGACACAGCCGCAGCCAAGAGAUCGAGAGACGCGGUGGACGGUGGCGGUGGCUACAAUGGCUAUGUGGUGGAGCCGCCCCAGAUGGGGGGAGAGAUGGCUGUGGAAUUAGCAGACGAAAUUAGGGCUUUUGCGAAAAGGUUCAUUGGGGUUGAGAACACGAGGAUGGAGUUCAUGAAGGAAACAGAGAGACGUAGAUUGGAGAUGGAGAAGAGGAGGAUUGAUAUGAUUCUGCAAUCCCAGCAAAAGAUUGUUGACUCCAUUGACAAGGCCUUUGGCUCUUCUACCAACAAUUGCCCUUCUCAACUAUCAUAAUAUGCUUGCUUGUUAAAGAUCCCUGCCCAAAGAGUCGAUGUGAUGCAAUCUUUUAGCCUAUGUACUUGGACAUUGGUCAAACCAAAGAAGCACUUGCUUGGUUAUUCUUAGCACAUUUAUUGGCCAUGGCUCUCACAAUGCAUGUGAAUCUGUCUCCUUAAAGGUUUGUUAAAGAUUUCAUGUUGCUUCUUUUAGACAUAUCCCUCCCUCUCCGCUGUGGGACCCGGACCAAGGGCUCUCUGAAUUCUAAGAAAACUAUGGUUAUGAAGUGAAAGAACAUAUCAGAGACUUGUGCUGUUUACCUUCCGGCUUUCUUAUAAUUGAGAUUUGAAACAGUGACUAGCCUAUGGGCUGUGUCCAAGAUAAUGAGGAUGGUGAAAGAUUGUACUUUUUAAUUUUUCAAAACUACAUAUUUCCAUUUUUAACCAAAAAGGCUUGGCUGAUAAGAGUAAAAUUAUGACUUAGAAUUUGGACCCCAAAGCUCCUCUUC